CUUUUCCAGCCUCCACAGGGAAGUCACCAGCCAUCCAAGUCUUCAUCUACACAGUUGGCCAUUUACUGAAGGACUUGCACAUCCCAGGCACCAUGAGAGACACCAGCUAGAGUACCUGCUCACCCUGGAGACAGAUGUGAAACAAAUAUUCCAGUAGAAAACAAUGAGAUUUGGACCAGGGUGCCUUGAGAGCAGGUAACUGGGAGACUGGAGUCAGAGAUAGUGGCAGUGGUCAAGGAAUGCAUCUCCAGGGGAUGAACAUGUCAACUGAGUCACCAUCUAUUCUGGUCAAGUUCAGGAUUAUUCAGUUGAGAAAUGAGAGCAGUAGAGAUGGACAGGAGGAGACACCACGGAAUGUAGGCAGUAGAAAGGAUGGAACUUGGUGAUUAAUCAAUGAAGUCAGAGGUGGCUGGAGUCAGGGAUGACUCAUAGAUCACCGGUGUGGGUUGACAGAUGGAGGCAUAAUCAUUCAUGUGGCCAAUUGCAAAACGGACCCCUUGCCUCUCCCACCCUUUCAAAUAAUGGCUGUGCUGCUCCUCCCAUGAAAGGGUAGAGUAUAUUUCCCCACCCCUUGCACCUGGAGCUGGCUUCAUGGCUUGCUGUAGUCAACAUAAUGCAGCACAAGUGAGAUGCUACGCCCUGGAGCCCAGGUCUCUGGUGAACUCAGCCAUCUCCACUCACUCGCUUAGAAAUCUGCUCAGCUGGCAGGAGAACAAACCAGGCCAACGCUUGGGAUGAAGAGAGAUGGGUGACUCCCUGGCUGCCCGGUGACAUGGUGAUAGCCUACAGCUCCACCAGGGGCCAUACCCAGCUCUCGACCACGUUCUCGGGUUCACCCGAGGGGCUGAGUACGCCUGGAUGGCGGCCGAGGCUCCGCGGCGCCCCAGGAGAGCGACGGGCGCUGCGCACGCCGCGGAGACCCUCCCCUCGGCGCCCCCAACUCCCGCCCACUCCGUGCUGCUCGCGGAAGGGGCGGGGCUGGAGGCGGCCGCGCACCGCCCCGCGCACUGGCUCCGCGCACUGUCCCGCGCGCCCAGCCCUUUAAAAGCCGCAGGCUUGGACAGCUCCUCCUGCCACUGCCUGGUCCGAGCGUCGGGGAUCCCGCGCUCCUUGCCUGGCCGCCGGCUUUGCGCUCCGUUCCUGAGCGCGCUCCAUGCGGCCGCCCAACAUGUCCGGGCACUUUCUGCUCGCUCCCAUUCCUGAGUCCUCCACGGACUGCUUCCUGCCCAAGGACAUUAAACUGGCUGUGCUGGGUGCCGGCCGCGUGGGAAAGAGUGCAAUGAUCGUGCGCUUCCUGACCAAGAGAUUCAUUGGCGACUAUGAACCGAAUACAGGCAAACUGUAUUCACGACUCGUCUAUGUGGAGGGGGACCAAUUAUCCCUGCAGAUCCAGGACACUCCUGGGGGCAUCCAGGCGCAGGAUGGCCUUGGCCAGGCGGUGGAUUCCCUGUCCAAAUGUGUGCAGUGGGCCGAGGGCUUUCUUCUGGUCUAUUCCAUCACAGACUACGACAGCUACCAGGCCAUUCGGCCCCUGUACCAGCACAUCCGGAAGGUCCAUCCUGACUCCAAAGCUCCCGUCAUCAUCGUGGGCAACAAGGGCGACCUCCAGCAUGCUCGGCAAGUGCAAACGCAGGAUGGCAUUCAGCUCGCCAGCGAGCUGGGCAGUCUGUUCCUUGAAAUCUCCACCAGCGAGAACUACGAAGACGUCUGUGAAGUGUUUCAGCACCUCUGCAAGGAAGUAAGCAAAGCGCACAGCCUGGCCGGGGAGCGGCGGAGGGCCUCCGUCAUCCCCCGGCCCCGCUCGCCCAACAUGCAGGACCUGAAACGGCGCUUCAAGCAGGCUCUAUCUUCCAAAGUCAAAGCUGCCUCUGCGCUGGGGUGAACCGGCUCGGACAGACCCGGCUCCUUUUUCUUAUGCAUUUGUGCAGCUAACAAGACUGGGCUUUCCCCCUUUUAAUCACGUGUUCAGAGUUUAUUUUUCUAAAGACUUUAUUAGUUUUCAAGUGGCUGCGUAUUUCCGCAAACUCAAGAGAUUGCCUAGAAGCUGGAUAGAUAUGUUUUUUCUAAAUAAAAGAACUUUUUAAAAAACUCCUAACUGCUAAGCACUUUUCCAUUAAAGGCAACAUGGCAACAUUG